GACGUUUCUGGAAUAGCGGAAGAAGAGACAAAACAACAACAGCAGCGGCAGCCCUCCGGCUCGGCGACGACAGUCAGAGCACUUUAACGAUUAACGAUACCUGUCCGUUAACACAAAGUACCGGCUGUUCGUGUACGGUUAGCACACUGGUUGUUGUUUACAGUUGCUAACAACAUGUCGGUGUUUGGUAAGUUGUUCGGCAGCGGGGGUAAGGGAGGCAAGGCGCCGACACCCCAGGAAGCUAUCCAGAGACUCCGCGAGACCGAGGAGAUGUUGGCCAAAAAACAGGACUUCUUAGAAAAGAAGAUCGACCAGGAGCUCAUGACGGCCAAGAAGAACGGCACGAAGAACAAACGAGCGGCUCUACAGGCCUUGAAAAGGAAAAAGAGAUACGAGAAGCAGCUGGCUCAGAUCGACGGCACGUUGUCCACCAUUGAGUUCCAGAGGGAGGCGCUAGAGAACGCCAACACCAACACAGAAGUGCUCAAGAACAUGGGCUACGCCGCCAAGGCAAUGAAGGCCGCACACGAAAACAUGGACAUAGACAAAGUGGACGAUCUGAUGGCGGACAUCACAGAGCAACAAGAAGUGGCUCAAGAAAUCUCAGACGUGAUUUCCAGGCCGAUCGGUUUCGGAGAUGAGUUCGACGAGGAUGAGCUAAUGGCUGAGCUGGAGGAGCUGGAACAGGAAGAGCUGGACAAAAACCUUCUGGAAAUCGAAGGAACAGAGGACGUCCCUCUCCCCAGCGUACCGUCUACAUCACUACCAUCUAGACCAGCCAAGAAGAAGGAGGAAGAAGACGAGGACGACAUGGCGGACCUCGAGGCCUGGGCGGCUAACUAAGCUAGCUUGCCCUGCUAGCUAGCUAGUGCCCCUCUCCUGUCUGUCUCUGUGCUACCAGGCUGCUCCCAGACAUCUGGAAGAGAGACAGGGACUAUGGGCUGCUGAGCUGACUGCAGGCAUGCUACUCUCUCUUAAAGCCUACGUCCCAAUAUCUAACCAUACCCCAAACCUAAAGUAUGCACUUGCGACUUCAAAUUAAAUGAACCCAGGCUUUUCUCUUCUUUGAUUAAUGUCACAGUAACAUCCCUUCGUUCCAGCUGUACACAGAGUAUGGAAAGCAUAUGUCAUGCCUGUGGUUACGAAAAUCCAAGUUCUCUUUUUGAGGACAUGAAUGCACACUUUGGGCAGGAGAGUGCAAGUGCAUACUUCUAGGCACGGGUGUGAGGAGGAACAGGACCAGGUUUGUUACUGGGAGGAAUGUGAAGAAUAAACCGAUGCGUGGGAAAAUAGCACCAACAGAAAGACAACAUGAUUCAGCCAUUUUUCUGCUUCCUGUGUUGUCAUCUCUCUGCUCUUCUACAAAGAUGACGACAACCCAUCUACUACAUCUCUGCUAAAUCUCAGCAAGGAUUGAAAGAUGACAAUGUAGGACUUUCUCAUUGAAAUGCUGUCACAUUACAAAAUACAUAUUCCAUAUUACAGCAGUGGGAACAUGUUGUUAAGGGAGGAUCCAGGGUUGGAUCCUUCUGUCAGCCAUAUCUCCUACUGAAAUGUCCACAGGCAACAUCUUGACCACUCAUUAGGCACUCUGGUUCAAUUCCUAAAAUGUCAGUAUAGUAGAGUAUUGUUUUUCCAUUACUGGACAUUACAGUUGCACCAGUUCCUGGUUUUAACCAGUGGCUUGAAUGCUCAUACUGAAUCCAUGCUGCAUUUCUCAGAUUUUUAAGCAAACAUGAGAAAAAUUUGCCUCUAUUUAACAGAUAUGAGAUAUGAAUUUUCAGUAACAAUUCUCCUGUGUGUUAGUGAAAUGUAGCUCUUAGCUAGCAGGCUUAUUUACCAACGUAAGAGUUUAUACCAACAAGCUUAGCUUUACUUGAUUCCUUAGUUCAGUGAUUCCCAACCUUUUUAGCCUGUGACUGUGAUGUGGACCUGUAAUAUGGCUGACAGAGGGCACAUUAUAACACCUUGGAAGGCCUCUGUCCCUCAAUUUAAAAUUUCACGUGCCUGACACCUUCAGCGCCUUCUCUGUCCUGUGGUUUAACAGUGAUGUAAUCCUAGAUUGGUUCAACUUAAAGAUAAUGUGGGUGAGUGGGUGUGUGGUGUUUUUUUCAGCCUUUUGACACAGUGACCUCUUGUGAAUAUUUAGUCAAAUUGAGAUGAUGAGCUGGAUUUAUUUUUCAUUUGCUCUUGACUCACCUGUACUGCAAACCUUAUUUAAACACAGAGAGACAUGUUGGUUCCAUGUUGGUCUUUAUAAUAAAACUUCUACUCACUGCCCCAUUACUUAUGGCUGCAGCUACUCUUCCCUCCCUUCAUCAGCAGACACGUUUCUGAAUGGACGGAUUGGGGUUGGUCCAGAAUCAAAUGGACUGUAAUUUAAACAUGACCUAAGUCUUUAAAUAAAUGAAAUAGUUACUUGAAAGUUGUGCUCAUUUUUGUAACACAAAAUCACCUUAUGUGUGAGUGGCUCAACCCCAGUCCUGAUAUUUAAAGACAAAGAAACUUCCAAUAGUGUUUGCUUUCCUUCUUACCUGUUUACCUCCCGUUCUAUCUGGCUCUACAGAAACAAUGUGACCUGUAGCCAGUUCUGCUCAGAUUUUGUGUGGCAGCCAUCUUGCUCUGUGACUGGGGUUGUAUACAGUUUAUGGUAAUAAAGUUGGGGUGCAGGUAUG